AUGUUGCCUUCCCAGAUCAAUUCUACCUUCCACGUCCACCGCGGACACAGCCAUCUCAAAUGGUCCAAGGAAAUCGCACCUGUGUUAACCGUCGACUCGGGAGACGUUGUGACUUUCGACACUAUCGACGGUAGCAAUGGACAAGUAACCCCCACCUCGACGGCUGAAGAUGUCUUAAAGUUCAAAUCAGAGCUGGCAAACCCCAUUUUUGGCCCCGUAUAUGUGAGGGGCGCCGAGCCGGGAGACGUUCUUGAAGUUGAGGUAUUGAAGCUCAAAACCUCGGAUUGGGGUUGGACUGCAAUUAUACCUGGAUUUGGGCUACUUGCAGACGAUUUUAAAGAGCCUCAUCUUAAGAUCUGGAAACUUGAUCCUGACGAUUCAUCCGCUGUGUUCAAGGACGGCAUUCGCAUCCCCACUCAUCCUUUCCUUGGUGUCAUGGGAGUCGCCCCUGGGGAAGGCGAGUUCUCUACUAUUCCUCCGCUCGACACAGGGGGUAACAUUGAUACUCGACAAAUCAUUGAAGGUUCUAAGCUCUAUCUGCCCAUCAAGGCGUCUGGCGCGUUAUUUAGCUGUGGGGAUGGUCACGCCGCCCAGGGCGAUGGAGAGGUUUGCGGAACCGCUAUUGAGACUCCUAUGCAGGUUACGUUGCGCCUAUCGAUCAGGAAGAACAUGAACUGGGUGACAUCUCCGAAUUAUUCAGCCACAUCAUCUACGCUCACUCAAGCUGAGGAUCAGGGAUAUUAUGCCGUCAUCGGCGUUGAUUCAGAUCUGUUGAAGGCUGCUCAAAAGGCUGUGCGUGGCGUUAUCGAAUAUAUGGUUCAGACAAGGAGCUUGACCUAUACAGAGGCAUAUAUGCUUGCAAGCGUUUCUAUUGGCCUUCGGGUGUCAGAAGUUGUAAAUAUUCCUAAUUAUACCGUUUCUGCCAGUGUACCGCUGAAUAUUUUUUUUUCAUAG